AUGGAGGUCAAGAAGAAGUACGAGAUUGAGGCUGCGCUCGCGACGGAAGCCCAGGCCAUUUCGUCCGGCCAAUUGAAGGAAGAGAACCCGCUCGAUGUCUCCAACGACUUCCGACUCUUCUGCGAAGCAUGCAGGAGAGGCGACUUGAAGGUCUGCCAGGAAAUGAUCAGUACCGGCGUCAACAUCAAUGCCAGAGACAAGUUUGAUUAUACACCCCUAAUCCUAGCUAGUCUUUGCGGACACUACGAAGUUAUACGAUUGCUGCUUGAGAACGGUGCCUUGUGCGAACGUGAUACCUUUCAGGGCGAGCGAUGCCUAUACAACGCCCUCAACGACCGAAUACGAAACCUACUCUUAUCCUAUGACUACGCCAAAUCGACAAACCCUCUGCAGCCCCUCGCUGCGCACAUAACCUCGCUCCUCACGCGAUCCACACCAGCGACCGCCGAUAUUACAAUUGCCGCCUACGAUCAAAGCUUUCACCUACACAAGUUUCUGUUAGCGGCGCGGUCGCCCUAUUUCGCGAAGAAGCUGGCAGCAGCACCAUCGACAUCGUCAUGGAAGUUACCAGAUACGAUACCGGCCGAGUCACUAGGCGUAGCACUACAGUACUUGUACUUUCAGGAGGUGUCAAUACGGAGAGCCCUAUUCGGACUAAGUGAUGAGCAAGAGCUUCUUGUAUUAGACGGCAUCGAUAAGAUUGGUAGACAAUUAGAGAUAGAACGGCUUUUCGAGGAUAUCACAGAGGUGUCUGACAGGCGGCUGUUGCGCCAACGCAGAGCGGAAGAGUUAGACAGGGGCCGAGAUCAGCUAGAAAGUUGGUUCAAGGAGAACGUGCUAAAGAAUAAGAGGGUCGUGGAUACGGCCAAGGUGAACAACAUACAGUGGGAUCGAGAAAACUCCAUCUUUGCUGAUAUAUUACUACGAGCGGAUGACGAUGAAGAGGAAGGGUUUUCAGGUCGGACUGAUGACCCACUGGGACCUGCGGGGUCAUCCACGCCUCCCGUUCGCAACACGACUGGUCCCCUGCUGGGGAUUCCCGUAGGACCAAUCCGAUCGCGGUCACCCUCGCGACAACGGCUACCACGCAAGUCUACUAUAUUUCCAGCGCAUCGUGCGAUGCUACUACGGUCCGAGUACUUCCUCACCAUGUUCAGUUCGCAGUUCAAGGAGGCACAAGUUACACCGCACCUCCAAAUCGUCACAAUAGAUUGCUCACCCGCAGUCCUCGAGACGAUACUGACGUUCAUGUACACGGAGCGCGCAGACUUUGGCCUCGAUAUCGCGAUCGAUGUCCUCUUUGCGGCGGACCAGCUCUUCAUCGAGAAGCUGAAGCAACGUGCCGCCAUCAUCAUUUCGGCUCUCGGCAAUGGCUCGACUUCUGCAGUAGAAUCAGAUAACCCUCGCGGUGAGACAGAUGCAGAUGAAGCCGUCGAUAUCUACGAAGUUAUACGCAGUGGCUGGGAAACAAGGGUGCAGCGUUUAGAGGAAUUUGCAGCGCGGUAUAUUGCAUAUCGUCUCGAGCAUUAUAUAGACCAACCAGAGUUCGCAGAGCUUGUGCUAGAGUCUGCGAACAGAGUGAAAGCGCGUCAAGAAACAGACACGGUUGAAUUGGUGGAUGAUAUUCGGUACUAUCUCUCCGAGCGUUUUAGACUUCGCUUCGAAGAUAGCGGCCUGGAUGAGAUGAUGGACGAGAACGCAGCAGUCAAGGCCACUUCUGAGGAAGAUUUAGUCAACGCUAUGGAUGACUUUGGCUUGGAUGACAAGGUCUCGGAGAAAGUACAAGACGACAACUACGUGUCGGUAGAGCAGCAGAUUGCUGCUGGUGCCGUUAGAACCCUUGACGGUGAGAUUGCGAGUGAUGAGUUCCUGCAGGACGCAAUGAACUAUCAAAUCUUGCUGGGCAAGAUUGAUUCACUAUUAGAGAGGCUUAACCUAGAUGCUUAG